GACGUACUUCGCAAAUUCGGCGCGCGAAACCUGGAACAGGAAGUGAGGGGAGCUGAGGGGAAACGGCGGCCAGUUUGGGAUUUGAAUCUACAAGAUAACCUACAUAAUCUACAAACAUCUACAUUAUUAUGGCAGACCCAAGGGAUCAGGAAGACCCCGAGACCACUCCCGACAAUGCAGAAGACUCCAAUCAUGAUCCUCAGUUUGAGCCCAUUGUGACCCUUCCUGAGCAGGACAUCAAAACUUUAGAAGAAGACGAAGAGGAAAUUUUCAAAAUGCGAGCUAAACUGUACCGGUUUGCCUCUGAAAAUGACCCGCCUGAAUGGAAGGAGAGAGGCACCGGUGAUGUCAAGCUGCUGAAACACAAAGACAAGGGCACCAUCCGCCUCCUGAUGAGGAGAGACCGUACUUUGAAGCUUUGUGCCAAUCAUCAUAUUCUUCCGAUGAUGGAGCUGAAGCCCAAUGCCGGCAGUGACAGAGCCUGGGUCUGGAACACACUAGCAGAUUAUGCCGAUGAAGCACCCAAACCUGAACUUCUGGCAAUACGCUUUUUAAAUGCAGAAAAUGCCCAGAAGUUCAAAGUGAAGUUUGAUGAGUGCAAGGAAGAGGUCAGAAAAAAUCUUGAAGGUUCAGGAAACGCCGACAGUGCAAACAAAGUGGCAGAAAAACUGGAGGAGCUUUCGGUAAAGGAUAAAACAUCAGAGGAAAAGAAGGAAGUUGAAAAGCAGACGGAGAAGAAAGAAGAUGAGACAAAGGAGGUGAAGGCUGAGGAGAAGAAUUGAGAAACAAGAACUUUUUCCGGCCUUCGAUGUAUUGUUUUUUUUCCUCUUUUUCUACAAUAGACUCUAAACGAACUGAAUUUGGACACUUGACAUUAGUUUUUGUUUUUUUUAAUGCUCUGUUUUGCCUCACAAGUCCUUGAUGCUACUUGGAGAAACAAAGAAAAAUAGUGAAAGCCAACGCCCCUCCCCUUCUCAUAACAGGCCACACUUUGUGGUCAUGACCGUGUUAACUUCUGACAAACUGUGACGAGGCUUGUGAUAAUAAUUCCCACAUUGGGGUCUUUUGUUUUGUUCUGAAGCAGAGUUUUUUGUUGGGGGAGAGGAAAAUGUAGCCUGCUAGAUAGCAGCACAGGGUCAGGGACCAGGCGUCAUGGAAGAGCAGCAUCACAUCCCAUGAUGCAUUUCAACGGGCCUUCUUGCCCUGCCCAUGCUUCCACUGCUUGUUGCAUUAAGACGUACUUGUCAGUGGACGCGUGUAGAAAUAGUUGAUUGGGCCCACUGCACACAGUCGAUGGCCAUCAGAUGCACUUAGCCCCGUCUUUUCUUUGCAAGUCAACGGUUCAUCAGAGCUCCACUCCACGCCAACCUCAAUUCCUCCACAGGAAUUUGUUAGCUAACAUUCCCCGAUGUGAAUCUUGUCAAACCUUUUCCCAAUCCUCCUCACCAAAUUUGUAAACCUUACCCCCCACCCUAAAGUGCAUCCAAGUGCCAGUGCAUCUGUAAAUACUUGUACAUGGAUGAUAUGUUGCUUCUCAUUUGCACUCAAUGAUUGGAAAUGUCUCCUCCACCUUCCAAUAAAACACUGUCAACCAUC